UCCGUAUUGUUGGGUUGGUGAUUUAUUUCUGUAGGGAUUUUGUUGGUUAUUCAUUGCUGGUAGGGACCAAAUAUUUCGCAUUCGAUUGCUAGUUCCGUUGCUUGAGUAUUUGUAAUAACUUUCGAUUAAAAUUACGGGCUUUUCUAGUUUACAUUUAUUUCUGUUUCGUAGUAGUGGGUAGUGACAAUAUCAAGGAAUUGUGACUUAUGUUGGUACCGAAGCCAGUGCAUAGUACGAGGUAGCUAAGUCCUUUGUGCCUUUCGUGCUUAGGUAUUUGUGGUACCUCGAGUUUCACGUUCUCUUUAAAUGGAGUGUCGAUAACGUCGCUUGCUCGAGGAGAACAUAGGGAACGAAAUAUUAUGUGAUAAUAUUGCUAGAAAACAAUAAAUUAGCCUAGCAAGCAGUUUGACAGAAAAUUACCAGUUUUAAGAUGUAAACAUUCGUCUCCCGUGAUUUAUAUUUUUUUGUGACAUUGUGGACAAAAUUCAAGCAAUUUCAAAAUGGUACAUUGGAAGAUAAUGUGGUGUACGAUUCUGUUAUAUUCAAGUGGAAUAAGUAAUGCACAAUUAACAACUACUAGUAAUAGAGUGGAUUUUGACAAUUCCAUUGAUUCCUUUCCCGUUAGUCUUCCCGUGCGGCAGCAAAAUCAAAAACUAACCACCGACAGCAAUCGAAAACCAAUGUUUACGGAAUGUGAUAACUACAAACCGUCCGUGAAAGAAGAACAAGAAAAAGGAACUUUUGUUAUAAAGGUCAAAGCUGAAGAUGGCGAUCCUCCAAAUGCGGGUGGUACGGUACUAUACAAAAUAGUCAAACGGGAUGGUGGUAGGGACUAUUUCACGAUUGACAACACUACAGGAGAAGUGCGUACCAACAUGCCAUUUGACAGAGACGAACCCUUUAGACAAAAGGAACUUUACUUGACAGUACAAGCCACAGACAAUGGCAGGCCAGCCUUAUCUGAUAUUUGCUCAUUUAAAGUUACCGUACUGGAUAUUAACGAUAAUGCCCCUCAACUAGAUUCGCAGGAGUACAUUACUCAAGUGGCCGAGGACUUGAAGCCAAAUAGCGAAGUGAUGAGGAUAUUUGCGUACGAUUUAGAUGAUGGUCAAAAUUCAAAACUUACGUAUUCAUCAAGAACCGAGAAAGGCGAUUUUAAUGAUUAUUUUAGAAUCGAUCCUAACACGGGUGUGGUAUACUUGCUCCAAUCGCUUGCGACCAAAAAGGACACCAAAUUUAAAACUACAGUGAUCGUUAGUGACAAUGGCCAAGUGCCUUAUAAAACCGAAGCCAACGUUUCGAUUAUAGUUGUCAGUUCCGCAAAACAACCCCCCAGGAUCACGAAACGUUAUCCGGAAGGGGAUAUUAUUCUUAAGGAAAAUUUUAAUAACUAUUUGGAGCGGCUGGUUACUAUAGAAGCAGAGUCGAGUAUCAAUGACCAAGAAGUUAUAUUUGAAUUAAUAAAGGGCAAGACUCUGCAAACCAACAAGGACCAGAGUUUUGUCCUUACGCCGUUCGAAAAUGACACGACAAAAGCCUUCAUUUCGUUGGUUCGACAAUUAGAUUACGAGACGGUGACCGAAUACACCUUGACGGUGCGUGUCAAAAACAAAGAUUCGAUGGACACUUCUAUUAACAUUCCGAUUAAAAUCGAAGACGUCAAUGACGAAAUCCCAAGCUUUAUAGAAUUAAUAAAAGGCAGCGUGGUUGAAAAUGAUGAAGCCGGUGCCCAAGCCAUGGUAGUUAGGGCUAUAGAUAAAGAUGGUACUUCCGCGAAUAACAUAGUCAGCUAUAAGCUUCUUUCGCAUGAUGACAUAUUUUCGAUAGAUCCUUCAUCAGGUGUGAUAAGAUCGUUGGUGCCGUUUGAUAGGGAGAAUAUUAACGUAUAUCACGUCAAAGUUAAAGCUUACGAUAAUUCCCCGAGUGCUUUAAAAAAGACCAAGGAACCCAACGAAGCGGUUCAAACGUUCGAAAUCACUAUCGAGGAUAGGAACGAUAAUAAACCGAAAUUUACCCAUUCGGUAUAUAACUGCACCGACAUAUUGGAAAGUACCGAUAGGGGUAAAGACGUGGGGGAAGUUAAAGCCGUCGAUAAAGAUACCGCCUCUUUGAUCACUUACAGUAUCAUAGAAGGAAACGUAGAUGAUGCUUUUUACAUUGAAAACACCACGGGUCGAAUUAAAGUCAAUAAAGAGCUCGACUUUGAGAAAAUCGAAAUGUACGUCCUCAAAGUGCGCGCUUUUGAUGGUAUAUUCGAAGACACAGCUAAAGUAGUCAUAUCGAUCGCCAACGUCAACGAUGAAAUACCCGUAUUUGAAGAACAUAACAAGACUGUUAAGAUUCGAGAAGAAACUAUCCCCGACGAUUGCAUUGUACGAGUAGUAGCGUACGAUCCAGAUAUCAAAGACCGAACAGCCAAUCAACACAUUGUAUACAAUGUGGAUAACACUCAAUCGGAUUUCCUUAAGGUCACUACAGACGGGUGCGUGUUGCUUAUAAAACCUUUGGACCGGGAUAAACCUUUUGGCAGUCCAACGCGCCAAGCCUUUAUCUAUGCUUACGACAACGAUGGAGGUCCGAACGCGAUGAACGCAUAUUCCGAAAUCAUGAUCGAACUAGAAGACAUAAACGACAACGCGCCAUUUUUAAACGUAACAGAGAUCGUCUGGUAUGAAAAUCAGGACCCUGGACGUAUUGGUGAAUUAAGUGCUGACGAUUACGACGGUCCCGAUAAUGGACCUCCUUUUAUUUUCGAACUCGCGAUGACUGCAUCGAUCGACAUUGUCGAAAGAUUUAAAAUCGAAGGUCAAACCCUUUACGCCCUGGUUACGUUCGAUAGGGAGGAGAAAAAAUAUUACGACAUCCCUAUAAGUAUAACUGAUAGUGGCAGGCCACCGUUAACAAGCAUAAGCGUGCUCAGGGUCAUAAUUGGCGACAGAAAUGACAAUCCCGCUUCUGACGGGUCCAGCGAGAUUUUCGUUUACAAGUACCAAGGACUGGAAAGUGACAUCGCUAUUGGGCGCGUAUUUGUGGAAGAUUUAGACGAUUGGGACUUGCCCGACAAAGUCUUCAUCCAGCUUGAUAACUUCGAUAACUUCCGUUUGAGUGACGAAGAUAGGGGUAUGAUUAUAAUGUCGAGCGUUACCAGAGAAGGGGAGUAUUUCUUACGGUUUAACGUCACGGAAGAACAUCUUCCUAAUAUUCUAUUCCACGCUGUCAACGCUAAUGUAACGGUGACGGUCAAAGAGAUUCCAGAAGAGGCUGUAGUCAAAUCGGGAUCCGUUCGGAUAGCUGGGUCUACCAUCGAGGAAUUUGUUGCGAAGUCUGCGACGAAUGGAAAAAGUAGAAAAGACGUUUUACACCAAAGGAUUGCGGAAAUUGUCAAUACGUCCAUCUCUAACGUCGACGUAUUCACGGUGCUAACUUCACCGUCUAAUAAUUCGCUUAUUGACGUGAGGUUUUCCGCUCACGGGUCACCGUAUUACGCCGCCGAAAAGCUUAAUAACAAAAUUACCAAUAAUCAAGAGAAGUUGGAAAGCGAACUAGGCGUAGAAUUUGUGAUGAUCAGCAUCAACGAAUGCGUUAACGAGUCCAGAUGCGCUCUGGGCAGUUCAUGCUCUAACCAACUAAAUAUUCAUGAUGAACCGGCGGUGGUCUUUACCAACCGUACAUCGUUUGUGGGAGUAAAAGCUAUCGUAGAUACUGUUUGCGACUGCAUCCCCAGGCUAGUAAGGGAGUGUUUUAAUGGCGGAUACUUCGGAGAAAACGGAAUUUGCGUAUGCCCUUCGGAAUUUGAAGGGCCUCACUGUGAAAGAUUGUCAAUCGGCUUCAAUAGGGACGGGUGGGCUUUAUAUCCGACAUUGGACGCUUGCAAUAAAACUGUCAUCACCUUGACCGUUUCCCCUACCAGCGAUAAUGGACUAAUUUUUUAUGCUGGUCCGCUGACUUUUAAACAUGCUCAACUUUCUAAAGAUUUCAUAUCAUUAGAAUUGAAAGAUGGAAUAGCAUUGCUCAAGGUUGAUAACGGGUACGGGACCGAAGAAGUGUCGAUCCCAAAAAAACUAAACGACGGGGCUCAACAUAAAAUCAGAAUAUCUCUCGAUAUUGACACGGAUAUUGAAAUGGAGAUCGACGAUUGCAAAAGCCAUUGUACCGCAUUGCAACCUUUUAAGCAAAAGGGCUUGCUUAAUAUUUACGGUCCAUUACAAGUAGGAGGAAUGAGCAAAGUUUUUACCGACGAAGAGGCGAAAAUAAUUUGGAGCCAAUCCGCUCCGACUAGCGAAGGUUUUGCUGGUUGUAUUAAAAACUUUUCGUUUAACGAUUUUCUGUAUAAUUUGGGAGAUCCGUCCGACGAAUAUCAUUCAUUCGUCGGUUGCAAUUACGCUACGCAACAGGCUGUGACGUUUGGAAUCGAUUCCAAUUUUUUGGUAGCCAUUUUAGUGUGCCUCGCUGUUUUGUUCUUCCUUUUACUAGCCGUGGUGGUCCAUAGACGUCAACAAGAUAACCUGAAUGAGAAAGAUAUAGAUGAUACGACGGAGAACAUAAUCAACUACGAAGACGAAGGUGGUGGCGAGUGCGAUACCAACUACGAUCUUUCGGUAUUCCAUAAAAAUCUGGAAGAGAAACCGAUAAUGAAAGGCUUAGGCGAUGUGCCGGCCGACAUAAGUGACAUAAGCGGUUUUUUGGAUACUAAAAAAGAUUCGUGUGAUAAAGACCCGGAUAAUUUGCCUUAUGAUGAUGUAAGGCAUUACGCUUACGAGGGCGACGGGAACAGCACAGGUUCUCUAUCAUCGCUUGGCUCUUGUACCGAUGAUGGUGAUUUAGAUUUUAAUUAUCUAUCCAGUUUCGGAAAGAGGUUUAGCAAAUUGGCUGACAUGUACGAUUACGACGGUAGCGACGAUGACACACAGAAUGGUGGGGAUGAGGCUUGGUUCUAAAUUUAGAUGUCUUGGA